UCAUAAUCAAGGUUCCUGUUGUGGGUGGUUCUUAGAACACAAAAAAAAAAAAAAAAAAAAAAAAGAAAUGAACCAAUUUCCCACGAAGUUUGGGGGGGUACUUUUGUCAUUUACUAUAAUGACAACUAUGUUUUCAUCAACAUUUGGUAAAACUUGCUCGAACUAUGCAUUUGCAAGCAACAAAAUAUUCAGUUCUUGCAAUGACCUCCCAGUGUUGAACUCUUAUCUCCAUUACACUUACAACCAAUCUUCCAGAACCCUCAAAAUCGCGUACCGCCACACGAAUGUGGGUUCUUCGCAUUGGGUCGCGUGGGCCAUCAAUCCAACUUCUCAAGGCAUGGCUGGCUCACAAGCAAUUGUGGCAUUCCAGCAAUCCAGUGGCAAGAUGAAGGUUUACACUUCACCUGUUACAGGUAUGACCACUCAGUUGGUAGAAGGCGACUUGAGUUUCCCGGUUACUGACUUGUCGGCUAUGCAUUCGAAUAAUGAGAUUAUUAUUUUUGCCACUUUGGAUUUAAAAAAUAUGAGCACCAAACUUAAUCAAGUUUGGCAAGAUGGUCAUGUUUCAAAUGAUGCACCUAUGGGCCAUUCUACAUCUGGUGACAAUAUUAAGUCUAUGGGUACACUAAAUGUUCUCAAGGGCCAAUCUGGGAGUGCACAAGGAUCAGGAAGCACAAAAACAAAGAAAAGAAAUAUUCAUGGUAUCCUAAAUGCAGUCGGCUGGGGGAUCAUGAUGCCUCUUGGUGCUAUAAUGGCGAGAUAUGUUAGGGUGUUCGAAUCACUAGACCCUGCAUGGUUCUACCUACAUGUGACUUGUCAAACAUCUGCAUACAUCAUUGGAGUAGCCGGUUGGGCCACCGGAAUCCGGCUAGGCAGUCAGUCUCCGGGGAUCCAGUUCACAACUCACAGAAUCAUCGGCAUCAUCCUCUUCUGUGUGGCCACCCUCCAGGUAGUUGCGUUGCUUGUAAGGCCAAGGAAGGAUCACAAAUACAGAAUUUAUUGGAACAUCUACCACCAUUCACUCGGAUACGGUAUCAUCGUUCUCGCAAUCAUCAACAUAUUCAAAGGUUUUGAUAUUUUACAGCCGGAAAAGAAAUGGAAAAGAUCUUAUGGUGGCAUUAUCAUAAUGUUAGCCAUUAUAGCAGUCGUUUUAGAAGCUUACACAUGGUUUGUGGUGUUAAAGAGGAAAAAGGCUUCAAAAUCGGAGAAGAUGAGUAAUGGUAGCAAUGGCCAUAACGGAUAUGGUGUGGCAACAAAUAGUCGAGGUUGACUCGAUGGUCACCUUCUGGUUGACCAAUGAUUUGGUCGACCUUUUGAUUAUUUUAUGGCAAAUUGGAUUUUAGCAAUCUAUACUAUGACUUAUUGGCCUAUAAUAAUCCAUAAACACAGUUUCACUUUCGUUGAACUGUCAAUAACGUUCACAUAAUUAUUAUAUAUUUACACUUGAUUGUAGUCAUCCUUGUAAGCGAAAUCGAGUGUGAAUCUAAGAUAAUUACAUGAGUAAGAUUGCCUAUGUCAUCGGAAGUGAAAAUUCAAGGUGACAUUAAUUAGAUUGUUGGUAUAAAUUACUAUGGGCCAAUAAAUCUUAUAGCUUGGAUUACUAUAAUCCAUGUGCCAUAUUUUAUUAAGAAUUUAUAUGAUUUUUUUUGUCUCGUAUAUUCUUUAGAUGUUUUUAGAUCUCGUUGAAUCGUUAUGGUAUUAUAUUGAUCGGAGUUAUAUCCACAUUAGUGUGGUGAGUUUAA